CAUGCCGUAUACUUCUCUGGACCCGCCCUGACGCAGCUGCAUCUACGGGUUCGGGUCUACAUGUACUGUAUAUGUAUGCAGCACACUCCCCCUCCUUGACAUCCACCAUACCCUACCCGACCUUACCUCACCGACACCAUGCCAUCCAAGUCUACAUACCCUGAUAUUGCCAUCCCGGAUGUUGGUCUGUGGGACUUCCUCUUCGAACGAAAGGACCGCGACUUUCCUGACGACAAAGUGAUUUACGUGGAUCCUGCUACGAACCGCUCCUACACCUAUGCCCAAACGAAACAGACUGCCAUCGACUUUGGCAAGGGAUUGAAGGGCCUGUGGGACUGGCAAAAAGGCGAUGUGCUGGCUCUAUACACUCCCAAUUGCAUUGACACCCCGGCAGUGACAUGGGGAACCCACUGGGCGGGCGGCAUUGUGUCUCCAGCCAACCCUGGCUAUACUGUAGACGAGUUGGCAUACCAACUGAAAGACAGUGGAGCAAAGGCAAUCAUUACCCAGCUUGCCCAACUGGAACAAGCCAGGUUAGCUGCGAAGAAGGUAGGCAUCCCAGAAGAUCGGAUUGCUCUCAUGGGAGAUGAAAAGGAUCCCGCUGGCAGAAUCAAGCACUUCUCCUCGGUCCGUAACAUAUCUGGCACCCAACGUUAUCGCAGAGUAAAGAUCGAUGCCGACAACGACUUGGCCUUUUUGGUAUACUCGAGUGGCACGACGGGACUACCCAAGGGUGUGAUGUUGUCCCAUCGCAACAUUGUAGCCAAUGUGUCGCAGCUCACAGCUGCUGAAUCUCCACUGAAAUGGCAACCUGCAGAAGGUCGACCAGAUGGGGAUGCCAUCCUUGCAUUUCUGCCCUUCUUCCACAUCUACGGCCUCACUUGUCUGAUCCAUCAAUGCCUCUACCGUGGCCUCAAGUGUGUUGUCCUCCCCAAGUUCGACAUCGAAGCCUGGUGUCGUAUCGUACAAGAUCACAAGAUCACUAUGAGCUACGUCGUGCCGCCCGUAGUUCUGCUUCUCACCAAACAUCCCAUCGUGGAAAAGUACGACCUCUCUUCGCUCCGCAUGAUGAACAGUGGCGCGGCGCCGCUGACGCGAGAUUUGGUGGAAGCAACACAUAAGCGUAUUGGGGUGCCUAUCAAGCAAGGCUACGGUUUAUCCGAGACUUCGCCGACCACUCACACACAAUCCUGGGAUAGCUGGAAGAGUUCCAUGGGAAGUGUGGGCGCCAUGCUUCCCAACAUGACGGCAAAAUACAUGUCGCCAGAAGAAAAGGAGGUGCCCCAGGGCGAAGUGGGAGAGUUGUGGUUGAAAGGUCCCAAUAUCUUCAAGGGCUAUUUGAACAAUGUCGAAGGAACCAAGAACGCCAUGAGCGAGGAUGGGUACUUCAAAACCGGAGAUGUGGGAUAUCAAGAUGAGAAUGGCAACUUCUUCAUCACGGAUCGUGUCAAGGAACUGAUCAAGUACAAAGGUUUCCAGGUUCCUCCCGCGGAACUCGAGGGCUACCUGGUGUCACACGAGAAGAUUGACGACGUGGCUGUGUUGGGCGUGCAUAAAGAAGAACUGGCUACGGAGGUGCCCUUAGCAUAUGUAGUUUUGAAGCAAGGUAUUGACGCCAGUCCGAGUGUAGAAAAGGAGAUUGUGGAGUGGUUGAAUGCCAAGGUGGCCAGUCACAAGAAGUUAAGAGGCGGUGUCAAGUUUACCGAAGAAAUUCCCAAGAGUGUGAGUGGGAAGAUUUUGCGAAGAAUGUUGAAGGUGAAGCACCAGGAGGAAGAGGCGAAGAAGAAUAGGCGGGCGAAGUUGUAGGGGGUGAGCUUGUGGAAUACCUUAGGUAUACCUGUCUUUGCGAGGUACGAGGGAAGGCCUAGGUACUCCCUGCCCCCGGGGCCAAACGGAUCCGCGCAAGGUAGUGUACAAACUACCUGAAGUCAGAUCAUGUUCCCAGCACGAUCGAGCAUUAUAAGGAUGUCUUCCAAUCAUCGACGUGUUUUGUUAUUGCAGCAAUAAAUGGCUGAUCGUUCUUAGGGCAUCUGAAGACUGAAUGAUGAAUACAGUCAGAGUCGACCCCAGAUACUGCUCGAUUGACAGUACCUAGUGUCAUGCACGUGUCCAGGACCCGCGGUCAGGAUCACGCGUCGAGCGUUUGUGUGAAUUGUGAUGAAGCUCUGGUCACCUCUCCACCAUUGACUUUUGGUGAUUUAUUAUCAUCAACUCCUCACUUACCUCAACUAUCCGUGUUGACUGUAUUUCUC